CUAGUUUCAUUAUCCAGGAAAUGGUAACCUAGAUGGAGCAACAACUACUCUCACACAAACAACACUCGGUCGGCAGCAGCUCGGUAAUGCAGGAUGAUGAAGACAUCAAGAUUGAUCAUGAGUUGCUGGAUAAUGCUGUUCCUUGCUCUGACCUCUGUGUCAGCAACGCAAAAGUUCAAAACAAUCAAUGACCUUAAGAAAAUCAACUUUGGUCAAUCGGUGCCAUCACACAGUCUCUUGCUGCUGUACUGGUUUGCCAAUGAAGUUGAUAUUGACAAUAAUCAUGUCAUCCGGCUGACCUUCAACCCAAACAAUGGUGACUAUGGCUCGCAUCAUUAUGGAAAUUAUGAACGGCUGUUGGAACCGCUACCUCAGGGAUAUCGGUACUACACUGUUGGAAACCUCAACCAAGAGAUGACGUCGAUGCAACUUCCAUCUUAUGUUGUCCACCCUCGAAUUGGGUUUGAAGGAAGAAACAGAGACCGGAUUAUUUUCAGGGUCAGGCAGCAAAAUGUGGAAUGGCAAGCUGGACAGAUAAUAGACAGAGUCUUCAUCACACAGCAUUAUGAGACAUCUGAUAACCAGGGGACCAGGUACGACCCAGCACAUACUUACCAAGUCACCAACAGCCUUUUAAGACAUAUCAGAGAGUUUUCAGCAGAAGAAAGUGGCGUGAACUUGCUGGUGAAUCUCAGAGAUCGAUUUGGAAGUAAUGCAGAUGAUGCCCAGCUUAGAUACAUUAGAAACUCGUGGGGGAACCUUGCUUGUCUUGGACUACUGCUGUUCAUUGUGAUCCAGGAAAAGAACACCGCAGACCAUCACAACAACAGACGGCAGCCUAAACCAAAAAGGAACACACACCCUGAUUUUGUUGUCAAUAUCCCAGAAAGAAGACAGAAUGGUGUUUCUGGGAUGUUUGUGAGUCUUCAGCUAGAUCAGCCUGAUGAGAUAAUACUUCAAGUGGUGACAGGCACAAAUGGAAAAGCCAGCAUUUUUUGGAACAAUGUUCCUAAAAGUGAUUUAAAAGAAGGUGUGAUGGUUGUGCUUUAUAAGAAUAAUGAAGACGAAAAAGCCUUGACCUACAAAUUUAUUGGGGACAUGAAAACAGGUACUUAUAAGACAUCAGUACCCCUGAACGAAGGCCUUCAGGUUCGAAUGCAUAAAGUGAGGAAACUAUGGUGCUUCUGGUCAGGCAUCGGAGAGGAGAUAUACAGGGGGGAUGAGUUUAAGAAUCCCCCAGCAGUGAGUAUAAGCGGCUACAACGCUAGCCUGCAACUUUUUGCAAAGGAUGGAAAGGCUUGUGCUCGCUUAUUUGUGAAGAAGUCUUUUAAUGACUGGAGGUCCAAAUUCAAAAAUUCUUGGAUUGGUUUCUACAGCUCUCCAGACAAAGCCACAAAGAACUAUGAAUGGUGGCAGUGGCAGUGGGCAACAAAAUUAAACCUAAGCACAGAUUAUCAGGACUCUACUUAUGAUGUCUACGAGUAUCACUCGGGUAUGGCAAUAGCUCCAGGGGUUCAGGUACGAUUCAUACUGCGGGAUGAGGUAGAGCAAGCCCGCACCCCACGCUGGAGGGAAUGAGGACUGUAACGAAAAUGUGAAAAAUCUUUUUAUACAGAAUGUACCAUGUACAAAAUGAGAUGUAUACUUAAUAUAAUAAUUUGUAUUUUGAUACUUGUUUUAAAUCAUACUUUUAGUUGUAAGGCACAGUGGUGUGGUGGUUAGCAUUGCUGCCCACAGCAACACAGUCACUGGUUCGAGCCUUUAUUGGGGACGGGUUUGAACAAGGGCCUGUCUUUGUGGAGUUUAGGGAUGUCACGAUUAUUUUAUUUUACAAUGAAUCGCAGUAAUAAAUGCUACAAUCAAUCAUAAAGAUCUCUCAGUAUCAUCCCUUUCAAUAAAAGAUUAUGUAUAAACCAUAUCAGCAGAUUAGUGGAAUGUCCACAUGGAGCGAAAACAAAGUUUUGUUUCUGGGUU